UUCCCCUCCACAAACCACAAAUCAUGAAUUAUCCAAAACCACAACUUUUCUCUUUUCCCAUUUCAACUCUUUUCAUCUCUCCCAAUUCCUCCUCCUUACACAAUAAAAAACAACAAAAUCAACAAUCCCACCACCAAAAAUCAUGCUUUUAAACUUCUCAUCACCAUCUUCUUUUCUCAAAUUCACAAACUCUAGUAAAUCACCCAAUAUUCACCCCUCACUAAGACCCAAAACCCACCUCUUUGAACCUCAUUUUUCUCCAUUUUCAUCCUCACAACUCACUCUUCACUCCAAAAACAAUCUUUUUAGCCAAUACCCACUUCAAAAAAGGCUUGAUUUCAGGUCAUGGGCGUUUUCAGGGUUUGAUUUGAGCAACUUUGAGUCAGUUCUUGAAGCAGCUGGUGUGUUAACGGCUAUAAUUGUUGUUCAUGAGAGUGGUCAUUUUCUUGCUGCUUAUCUCCAAGGAAUUCAUGUGAGUAAAUUUGCAGUAGGUUUUGGUCCAAUUUUAGCUAAAUUUAAUGCAAAUAAUGUAGAAUACUCUGUUAGAGCUUUUCCUUUAGGUGGGUUUGUAGGGUUUCCUGAUAAUGACCCAGACAGUGAUAUUCCUCCGGAUGAUAAGAAUUUGCUUAAGAAUAGACCAAUUUUGGAUAGGGUUAUUGUAAUUUCUGCUGGUGUUGUAGCUAAUAUUAUAUUUGCUUAUGCUAUUAUAUUUAUUCAAGUGUUGUCUGUUGGUUUGCCUGUUCAAGAGGCGUUUCCUGGUGUUCUUGUGCCUGAAGUAAGAGCCUUUUCUGCUGCUUCCCGCGACGGGUUGCUUCCCGGUGAUGUUAUUAUUGCUAUUAACGGAAUUGAGUUGCCUAAAACUAUACCGAAUGCUGUUUCGGAAGUUGUUGAUGUUAUUAAGAGGAAUCCGAAUCGGAAUGUGUUGCUUAAAGUUGGUAGAGGAUCGACGGAUUUGGAAAUCGGGGUAACGCCUGACGAGAGUUUUGACGGGACUGGUAAAAUUGGAGUUCAGUUAUCGCCAAAUUUGAAGAUUACGAAACUUGUAGCUAGGAAUUUGGUUGAAGCGGUUAAUUUUACUGGAAAAGAAUUUGGGGGUUUGACAUUUAAUGUUUUGGAUAGCUUGAAACAAACCUUCUUGAACUUUUCGCAAUCCGCUAGUAAGGUUUCGGGUCCAGUUGCUAUUAUUGCUGUUGGUGCAGAAGUUGCGAGGUCUAAUAUUGACGGGCUUUAUCAGUUUGCAGCUGUGCUUAAUAUUAACCUUGCGGUGAUAAACCUUUUGCCCUUGCCUGCGUUGGAUGGGGGUUCGCUAGCUUUGAUUCUUGUAGAAGCUGCUAGAGGCGGGAGAAAGCUGCCGUUAGAAAUUGAGCAGCGCAUUAUGUCAUCAGGAAUCACGCUUGUUCUAGUUCUUGGAUUGUUCCUUAUCGUUCGCGAUACCUUAAAUCUCGAUUUCAUCAAGGAUAUGCUGUUGUGAUGUCAACUAGCCGGUUUUAUCCGUUUGGUUGCGGAUUUCUCGUUCGAUAAGGAUGAACACAUUGCUUCGAUUCUCCAAUUGAGUUAUAGAGGAGGUACUUAUAGUUUCUUGUUCACAACUACUGGUUAUUCGCUUUGUAGAUCUUUUCUUAUAUUCCUGGUAGUCAUAAUACUUGUAUGAUAAUGACAAUAUUGAAACAUUCAGUAAACUUCCAAGGCUAGAAUUCGAUAAA